AUGGCUAUUGAUUUGAUUGAUGCUUGUCAACAUGAAAUUGAUCGAUUAACAACGCGAAUAAAUUUAUUAACGCAGUUAUAUAGGUCUGAUCAAAUAAGCAAUGAAGAAACAAUUGAAUUAGGACAAAGUGUUGCACAAAAAUAUUUUAUGGAACUUGAAUUAGAUAAAUUAAAUGCCGAAAAUAAUCGUCGUAAUCAAGGAAACCAAGCAACAGGCAGUGGUUAA